AUGCAACCGGCUAACGCAUUCUUCCUCUUAAAUCAGAGCCGGUCGGUCGGUCGGUCGGUUGAAGCGCCGUCAAGAACACUCGGCCGCCGCCAACAUCCUCGGCGCGCGCACUACUUCCGGCCGCACUUCGACAACCUCGGCAGCGACGCCGACGACGACGAUGCCCUCGUCACCGACGAAACGGAAAUGAACACGAAGCAGCGACGAGCCGAUUCCCACGCGUAUCGAACAAGUGCAACUCCUCCGACAAAAGCGCCCCCUAUGAGUCACGACCUUAACACGCAACUUGAACCUGAAAUAGAAUGGAUCAACGCAGCGAAGGGACUACGAAACGAUAGAAAGUGUACGAACCGCCGCCAGAGUACAAACCAAAUACGGCAAUCGAACCGAUAG